GUCAAACUGGAGCGUAGCUGACAAGCUCGCUCCCCGGUGCCACUCGCUGACCAGUCUCCCGCUCUCUGCAAAUCAACUCCACGCGGGUGCUACUGCACGCCCUUUUAAAAAAAAACACAGCGGAGGAGGAGUAAGAGGAGGAGAAGGAGAAAGAGCCAAACCCGGGAGGUCUCACGCGGAGAGAGACGGCUCGCGGGAGGACGAGGAACUGGAGGAGGAGGAGGAAGGAGGCUUCGCUCUCUGUCAGCCUCGCGCGCACAGCACGCGGAGGCAGAAGGCAUUAUUUACUGGACGCUUCCCAUGGAGACGCUCUCCGUCUCGCGCGCCGUCCUCUCAGAGAGAAGCGGGUAGGAUUGUGACGGAGGGCGGCUCUCUCAGAUCUCACAGCCAGGUGUUGCAUCCACCCCCCCUUCCCCGUUUCGAUGGGGAGGCCUGAGGAGGGUUGAGUGGCUCGCGCUCUCGACUUUGAUCUGGAGCCUCGCGCGCAACAACAAGUUGAUAUUUCUGAGUCGUCGCCGAGUUUCUAAGAGAACAAGAUUUUUGGAUGUUUUUUCGUGUUUUUUUGCGCCUCUCUGAGUUGCUGACCUCACCGCUGUCUGGAUCUGUGUGCGCGCGCGUGUGUGUGUGAAGACAGAAGACUGGAAUUAAUGUGAAUAUUCGUGCUGCAGGCGCAGAUAGGACAGCCAUGGCACGGUAAAGCGGACCGAGCUGUGCCAACGACGCACGAGCCAUUUGGAAAUCUGGUCUCUGUGCCGCGUGCACUCCUCGUGUCCCCGCCUCGUUUUUCCCGCUCCUGGAUUGCCGCGGCACCCCGAUGGUGCGGAGGGUUGGUGGCUCGAGCUUGGACACGCCACCCGGUGAUUGUUGUUGUUUUGUUGUUGUUAUUGUUGUUUUGAGACGCUUCUGACGAUGCGCGCGGUUCAUCUUGGAGAUGUUUUUCCUUUCCAGUAGGAUUUCUGUGCGGGUUUUUUUCGUUUUUGAAAUCGUUCGCGCGACAAUGACCUCCAACCCAAGAGAGAAGCACGCGCCCCCGGUUCAGUGCGCACGAGAGGACGUUGUCUCCCCCAAAAUCGCCGAGCUCCUUAACGCGCGGGAAGGGUGGGUUACGAGCCUGUAAUCAGUGCGGCGAAGACACACACAGACAAACGGGACCAGCGCGCGCGGCGGCAGCUGCCAUGGAGCUGUCAGAGGUCCGGUGCUCCAGCGCGAGCGAGGAGCUGUACACCAUCAACAAGACCCCGAGCAGCAGCAACAACAGCAACAGCAGCGGCAGCGCGCGACCCAAACGGCUGCUGUGGCAGAACGCGGUGCGGCACAUCACCGAGCAGCGCUUCAUCCACGAGCAGGGCGGGGUAGGGGUGAAGGGCAUCGGGCCGGACGAGCCCUACGACCCGAGCCAAGGGGCGCGGAAGCAGUCGGCAGGGCGGACGUCGGUGGGAGACCGGCACAACAACGGCGGGACCAAAGUGUUCCCGGAGCGCGCCAGCAGCGACCUGGGCUUCCUGCAGAUCGACUGCGCGCCGAGCAACUCAGACUUCUUCCUGAACUGGGGCUACACUUAUCGGGGCGUGAUCUUCCCCACGCUGCGCAACUCCUUCAAGUCCCGCGACCUGGAGCGGCUGUACCAGCGCUACUUCCUGGGCCAAAGGCGCAAGUCGGUGGUGGUGAUGAACAUCCUGGACGUGGUGACCAAGCUCACCCUGCUGGUGCUGCACCUCACCCUGGCCUCCAUCCCCAUGGACCCCAUCAAGGGGACGCUGCUGGGCUUCUUCACGGGCAUCGAAGUUGUUAUUUGUGCCUUAGUGGUGGUGCGAAAGGACACCACGUCGCACAGCUACCUGCAGUACAGCGGCGUGGUCACCUGGGUGGCAAUGGCCACGCAGAUCCUGGCGGCAGGGCUGGGCUACGGGCUGCUGGGCGACGGGGUGGGGUACGUUCUCUUCACUCUGUUCGCCACCUACAGCAUGCUGCCGCUGCCGCUCACCUGGGCCAUCCUGGCCGGCCUGUUCACCUCGGGGCUUCACAUCCUGGUCCAGCUGCUCAUCUCCAAGAAUGUGCAGCUCUCCAGCAACCAGAUAGCAGCUCAGGCUGUGUUGUUCAUGUGCAUGAACACUGCUGGGAUAUUCAUCAGUUACCUGUCUGACCGCGCUCAGCGUCAGGCCUUCCUCGAGACGCGGCGCUGCAUCGAAGCUCGGCUGCGACUCGAGACAGAGAACCAGAGACAGGAACGACUGGUGUUAUCAGUCCUGCCUCGUUUUGUAGUUUUGGAAAUGAUCAACGACAUGACAAAUGUAGAGGACGAACACCUCCAGCAUCAGUUUCACAGAAUCUACAUCCACCGCUACGAGAAUGUCAGCAUUCUUUUCGCAGAUGUUAAAGGCUUCACAAACCUCUCCACGACGCUGUCAGCGCAGGAGCUGGUGCGAAUGUUGAAUGAACUCUUUGCACGCUUCGACCGCCUCGCACAUGAGCAUCACUGUCUACGAAUAAAGAUCCUUGGAGACUGUUACUACUGUGUGUCUGGUCUGCCGGAGCCUAGGCCGGACCACGCCCACUGCUGCGUGGAAAUGGGCCUCGACAUGAUCAAAACCAUCAGCACUGGUGGUGCCUUUCCACAUGUGCAACCACCGUCAGAGUUUCAGGCUUUUGACCUGAGUGCUGAUGACGAGCUGGACGCCCAGCUGAACAUCUAUAGAAGAUUUUGGACCAACCACCACCAUCAAAACACAGGAUAUGGGGAUAAUUUUGGACCAAUGGUGUCCAUCCCUCUAGCAGUGAUUCAGAGAAUCCACAUGAAGGCUCACACUAGGAGAUCUACUCUGGCUGCCCUAACGAGAAAUUCGAUAAAUCUGCUUCCAAACCAUCUCGCACAAGCUUUGCAUGUCCACUCUGGUCCUGAGGAAAUUAACAAGCGAAUAGAGAGCGCCAUCGACUUACGGAGUGGCGAUAAGUUGAGAAGAGAGCAUAUCAAGCCUUUCUCACUGAUGUUUAAAGACUCCAGCCUGGAAGAGAAGUAUUCACAGAUGAGGGACGAGGUUUUCAAAUCCAACCUGGUGUGCGCCUUCAUUGUGCUCGUCUUCAUCACAACCAUCCAAAGCCUGCUACCCUCUGCCAGCAUGGUAACCAUGGUGAUCCAGUUCUCGGUCCUCAUCAUCCUCCAUUCCUGCCUGGUCCUAGUUACGACAGCGGAGGACUACAAGUGUCUGCCUCUGGUCCUGAGAAAAGCCUGCUGCUGGAUAAACGAAACCUACGCGGCACGAAACGUCAUCAUUUUCGUCUCGAUCCUCAUCAACUUCCUGGCAGCCAUGAUCAAUAUCCUGUGGUGCGACUUCGACAAGUCCAGCACCUUCAGGAACCAGACGUACAACGAAUCAACCUCCAUCCCCGACAUCUGCUUCUACCCAGAGUAUUUUGUAUUCACGGGAGUGCUGGCGAUGGUGACGUGUGCGGUGUUCCUGCGACUGAACUCCGUGCUGAAGCUGGCGGUGCUGCUGGUGAUGAUCGCCAUCUACUCGCUGCUGACCGAAGCCUUCUACACGUCGCUGUUUGUUCGCUACGACACCGUCCACCACAACACAGAAAACUUCCUGGGAACCAAAGAGACGUCUUUACUCCUGAUGGCCAUGUUCCUCCUCGCCGUGUUUUACCACGGGCAGCAGUUGGAGUACACAGCACGCCUGGACUUCCUGUGGCGCGUCCAGGCCAAGGAGGAGAUCAACGAGAUGAAGGAGCUGCGAGAACACAACGAGAACAUGCUGAGGAACAUCCUACCCAGCCACGUGGCCCGACACUUCCUAGAGAAGGACCGGGACAACGAGGAGCUGUACUCGCAGUCCUACGACGCCGUGGGCGUGAUGUUUGCCUCCAUCCCAGGCUUUGCUGACUUCUACUCCCAGACCGAGAUGAACAACCAAGGAGUCGAGUGCCUGAGGCUCCUCAAUGAAAUCAUCGCUGACUUUGAUGAGCUGCUGGGUGAAGACCGAUUUCAGGACAUCGAGAAGAUCAAGACGAUUGGCAGCACCUACAUGGCCGUCUCUGGUCUGUCGCCUGAGAAGCAGCAAUGUGAAGAUAAAUGGGGUCACCUGUGUGCGUUGGCAGACUUCGCCAUCGCCCUCAACGAGAGCAUCCAAGAGAUUAACAAGCACUCCUUCAACAACUUUGAGCUGAGGAUCGGAGAGCACCACAUCCAGACUUCAUUCCAACACAGCGAUGACUGA